UCCGGGCUUUCGAGUGUUUAGGCGCGAAUUUCUCUGAGCGCGGCUCCCUGAAGGAUUCGCGAGGAGUCAUCGCAUCGUGCUCAGCUCUUAUGCCCACUUAGAGGCCUGGAUUGAUCAUUGGUUUCCACGCGUUUCAGCAAACUGAUUUUUUUGAAACAUUGUUACAGUUGUUUAGAUCAAGAUGUCUAGCAAAGCAAAUGUUUCCAAGAAAAGGUCUCAACAGUUAAAAAGAAAUCCAAAAAGAAAAAUUGAUGAGGAGGAGGCAGAGUUACCAGAAAAAGAGGUUAGAAACACAGCAAAAAUAAAUAAAAGUCAUCCAAAGCAUCUGUCUUCUGAAGGGCAUACAACACAUACUAAUCUAAAACAGGUAGCGAUAGCAUCCGACAAGAGAAAAAACUGGCAACCUCUUUCAAAGAGUAGCAGAGAGCAUCUGCAAACAAUGAUGGAAUCAGUAAUAAUAGCAGUUUUGAGUAACAGUAUAAGAGAAAAUGAACAAAUUCAAUAUCAUCUCAACCACUUGAAGAAAAGAUUGCUACAACUAUGUGAAACCCUAAAAGUCCCUUCCAAAAAGCUGAAAGGUCUAACUAAUGCGUCCAGUCUACUGAAAAUGGAAAGGUCACAGCACAGAGAUAAUGAAGAAGGUCUGGCAUUAUUGCAGGAAGAAAUAGAUAAAGUAGUAGAAACCGUAGAGUCAGUGACUAUGAAUAUACAGAGCUUAAAGAACAAAAUUCAAAUUCUAACAAGUGAAGUAGAAGAGGAGGAGGAGAAGGUAAAACAGAUGUUUCUGGUAGAUGGGAGUGGGGUGCUCUCUCUUCCAGAACUUUCUCAGAAGAGUCUCAAAGCACCCACACUUCAGAAAGAAAUUUUGACGCUAAUUCCAAACCAAGAUGCUCUUCUGAAGGACUUGGAUAUUCUACGUAAUUCAUCCCCAAUGAAGAACAUGUUAACUUUCAUUGAAGAAGCCUAUAAGAGACUGGAUGCCUCUUAAAUAGUUCUUUUUAGAUUGUUCUAUAUUAAUUUAAUGUUUAUGAACUUAUAAAACUAUUCACCUAUGAUGAUAUUGCAGAGGCUGAGGCUUCUUCUGGAUUUAUCUUCAAAUAUGCACUUUAAAAUUGGCCUCUAUCUUAACCUACCAUUAGCAUCUAAUGUAGUCCUGAAAACUUUGUUUUUAGCAGUUGCCAAGUCUGAGAACUCAGAUAUAUGCUACAAUAAUUUGCCUGAAACCAUACUGAAUAGAGUUCAUUUAUUAAUGCAGAGAAUAUGUGAUACUAUGAUGCUAUAUAUGUAAAAUAUUUAUAGUACCUAGUAUAUAAAAACAUAAGUGUGUAUCU